AGAAACCGUGAACCUCAAGCACCAUUCCCAGUGGCUGCCUCACUUCCACUCUGAACCCGCUGCUUCCGGCCUCGCGACCUCGAGCCUCAGUCAGCCUCGCCGUUCGUAUCACAUUGCAUCCAGCCACUCGCCAGGUUACUGCUUUUCUCCGUCAGAGCCUCUUAUGCCUCCAUCAGACGAAAAGGGAUUUCACAUUGGCAAGAAGGGAUCGAUAGCUCAACCUUGAAAGGAUUAGAUAGAACUAUUUGCAUUGAGCAACUCAAAAAUAAAUGAUGUUGAAUGGAUUUUACAAACGACUCCUUCCGUCACCCCCUGCAAUUGAUUUUGUUUCCAACAAUGGGAAGAAACUUUUCUUAGAAGCCUAUCAAAAUGGAACCAUGCAAGGCUUCAACAGUUUGAUUUCCCAUUUCCAAACUCAAACGGAACUUACUUAUUGUGGUCUCGCAAGUCUAACCAUGGUCUUAAAUUCACUUGCCAUUGAUCCUGGAAGAAAAUGGAAAGGACCUUGGAGAUGGUUUGAUGAAUCUAUGUUGGAUUAUUGUGGACCUUUGGAAACUGUCAGAGCUAAUGGCAUCUCAUUCGAGAAACUUGCAUCCUUAGGUCAUUGUGCCGGAGCAAAAGUUGAGGCAUUUCGUGCAAGCAAUAUCACUAUCGAUGAUUUUCGCAAAUAUGUCACCAAGUGUUCAACUACUGAUGAUUGUCAUAUAAUUGCAUCAUAUCACCGAGCUGCUCUCAAACAAACAGCAGGUGGGCACUAUUCUCCCAUAGGUGGCUACCACGCUGGAAAGGACAUGGUUCUUAUUUUGGAUGUUGCGCGGUUCAAGUAUCCUCCUCAUUGGGUUCCACUUUCACUUAUUUGGGAAGGCAUGAACUAUAUUGUUGAAUCAACUGGAAAAACAAGGGGGUUCUUGCUUGUAUCAAGGCCUCACAAGGAACCUAACAUGCUUAAAUAAUCUGAAAUCAAGAAGCCAGAAGGUGUGGUUCCACUUUUAAGCACCAAUGGGAAAUCAGGUUUUGCUGACAAGCUUUACAUCAAUUUGUCAUAUGAUUUAUACGUUUAGAGAUAACAGUAGUUAACUAGUUUGUUAUCCAGAAAAAAAAGUAUUGAAAUUGUUAAUCACCUUUCAUAUAGUUCAAGGUGGAUCUUGUUUAUAGAUAAAUACAUUAUAAUGUAACCAAAACUAA